AUAAAAUAGUACUAGCGCGAUAACUUCAUCGUCAACUCCAGGCUCGACUGUCAACGGAGGUUACGAAAAUGCGGGAGACGAUGCACGCCGAUUCGGUCGUUCUGUCCGAGUGAUCCCACCCGGUUGUGGAAGAAUCGCGGAAUCAUGUGGCCGAUGCGGUCGGAGAUGACUCGAGAUGAGUGCAGGAAGUGCUUACGAUGCCUCGAAUUAGAUGCUUAUGGAAGUAUGGUCUCUGUCCUACGUGCCCAAGGUCCUUUCACCAACGAGAAACAGAAAUUGUUGCAAGAACUCGCUAAAGUAUUACAUAUUUCUAAUGAAAGACAUCGUGCUGAAAUACGGAGAGCUGUAAACGACGAGAAGCUUGCAACAAUUGCGGAACAACUUAAUGGUCCAAAUACUGGUACAGAUUGGACUAUUGAAGGUCGCCGAACUAUUCCUCUUUUGCCAAGAUUAAAAGCGCGAUCCGUUUUCACAACGUUAGCAAACAGCUUGUCUCUUGUAACUGCAGCUGCAAAUGAGAAGAAACCUAGACAAAUUGCUUCUGAAAAUUCGACAGCUACUGAAACUGAAUCUCAGCUUGAAGUGAAAAUAGAAAAAGAAUUACCUCAUACAAAAUCAUGCAGUUUGGAAAAUGACUGCAACAGCAGCAAAAUUUUACAUGAAAAUUCAAAUCUGGCUGAAGAAGAAAAGAUAGAUAACACAGAUACAAUAGAUAAAGUUAUUGAAAAACCCAAAGUAUCAAAAUGCUCUGAAAAACGCAAAUCACCAUCACCAUUGUCAAUAGAACCGCCGAAUAAGGUGCAAGUGGUAUCUGAACCAUUAAACAACACUUUUUUUAUAUCUGAAGAUAAGCAAGCACCACAAGCUGCUCAUAAGCAAUUAAUACAAGCAAACACGCAUACUCAAAAUGUUGGAGUAAUCUCACUUAAUCCAAAUGGUGAGAUUUCAGAUACUAAGGAUAACACAAUAGUAUCAGGAUACCCGAGUGCGCGGACCGCAGUUUCGUUAAAUAAGCAUGUAGUUACUUCAGAAAUCUCUGUGUGCACAAAUACAGAUUGGACAAGCAAUAUGAAAAAAAUGUUAACCAGUACUGUGCAGAAUAAAGUUAGUACAAAAGUAGUGCCAGCAGUCUUGAGUGGUAUUGCAUUGAGCACGCCGCUAAACAAAAUGAAUUCGGAAAGUAAAGAUUUACAACAUGAGGAUAAUACAAGUAGUACACAGAAAACCUCUGAGAGAUCUGAGAACAUUAGUUCGAAUUCACCGUGCAAGAAGCGACUUAUGUCAAUCAUACAUGAAGCUCUAGUAUCAAGUUCUCAAGUUCAAAUUACACCCGUAGUGUAUCCUAGUACCACAGUAGUAGCAGUAUCAGGUGGCCCUGGGCCACCUCAGGUUAAGCAAACUUCCACAACGUUAACGUGUAAGAAACUGCCGUCGGAACAGAUUGCGAUCAAUCAUCAAUCCACUGCCAAAACGGGUGCUACAAUAAAUUCUAAGAAAGUUGUAAAUAUGCCUCAUUAUCCAAAUACUAAAUUAAAUGCUAAGACUAAUGUAAUCGUCAUUCAGAAGGGUCAUGCACAAGGGAUAACAUUAUCACAUGCAGGCAAGGAAGUGCUAGGAAAGGUAAUAAUGGGUGGAAAGAAUCUAUGCGUUACAAGCCAGCAUAAUAAUGCGAACUCGAUUAGUGUUCAAUCCCAUCAUAUUUCUCUGAAUAAUGGAGAUCAAACGAAGACUAUGCUGCCGAAUGUAAACUCGCCACAGAAUGCAGAAUCCACCUAUAAACUUGAAAAUAUAAACUUUAAACAGGUAGUGGAUGUAUCCGCAAAUUUACGGCACGAUUCUAACAAGAACAAGCUCUUUUCGCAGUUCUUGGAAAGAGCUACAAAGUUGCACGUGCAACAUAAGACUGUGAUACAUGAACAUAGCAUGAAUACUGCACAAGUGAAAGAAUGCAGUGGCGUUACUAAUACGAUUGACCGAGAUUCACCUCUGAAAACAAAUUCCGCGAUUACAUCCGCCAUGGACGAAAAACAGCAUAGAAGGAAUAAAGAUGUUAAUGCAAGCAUGAAUUGUCAAGCAAUGAAGCUAUUAGAUUCCUCGAAACCGCAAGGAAAUAAGGAAAUACUUAUCAGGUCGAAGCAAAUUGCCAAUACACAAGAUGAUGCUAAUAAUGAUAUUCGGAUAGAAAAUUCUGACGAGGAUGUGGAAACGAUUGGCGAGAUAAUAGAUGUCUCGAAUACGCAACACUUACAGUAUAUAUUACAAGAAGACAAUUAUAAGAAUUGCGUUUUAGAAGAUUCAAGAUCGAUGGCGACUAUAAAUCAACUAGACGAGCACGAUGAUUCGUAACGACUAAAGGAAUUUCAACGUUACGUGUGUCGUAAUCGUUGCAUGACAGUAAGGCUGAUGAUACUUUUGUAUUGAAAGCGUACUGAUAUGUUCAUAUAAUAUAAUGUAUAUGUUUUACACACACACACACACACACGUAUAUGUACGUAUGUGUUCAUGCCUAUUUUAAUGAGAUUUUUACAUGUAUAUGCUCCUAUGUUUGCUCGUUGGAAGAUUUCGAUGGAAUCAAAAGUGACCGACCUAAGUUAUUUCAUAUAUAGAACACGACUGAGGCCGUUUGAUCAUAAAAAUAAGAUUCCAACAUUCAGUGACUUUCAACAUUAUUCAAGCAUACUGAUUUAAUAUUAAUACUAAUAUUAAUAUUGUACAUAAGUGCCAAAUUACGAUCUGCAGUUAAUUUAUACUUUUGUAUAUAGCCAUGACACGCGCGUUAUAUAUUCAUUCAUUUUUUCAUAAUCCUGCUAGCAAUAUAAAUCGCUCUUUUAACUUUUAAUUCCAUUAUUACGACUCUAUUUCCUGCUAAAGAGUUAAAAGAGUUGUGAGUUGGAAUCCCCGGUGCAUUUAGUGCUACUGUCUGUUAUUCUUUUUUUUUUUUUUUACCUUGAAUGUGUUCGUAAAUAUAUAGGGCAGCUAUGUAAUUUAAUAUUAAACGCGGUUCCCCAAUUAAAGAUUCAUAUUUUUACCAUAUAUGCAGGAAACACAGCUCUAUCUAGUUCUACAGAUUAUCGAGAUAAAAGUCAAUGAUAUAAAUUUUACAUGCUCCAUAGCAAAUAGAAGUAAAUGAAUGUGUCAAAUUGCAGGCGCAUAUUCGAAAAUUUUGUACUUUUGUCUAUAGAUAUGUAAGAUUAAACGCGUUUCUGUAAAUGUGAUAUUAUAAUGUUAAGUACUAGAAAUUUAAUUCUGUGAAUCUGUCACUUGCUCAUGCUACUGUUGCAGCGGCGCUGUAAAUAUCUUGUAAAUACAUCGACAUACUCUCGGACUAAAGAGAAAACGUUUAUUUAAGGAUGGGUAUAUAAGAAUAAUCUUUUCUCUCGCCGCCAUUAAUAAAGUGUGUAUAUAAAUUAAAAUU